AUGGCUGCACCUAUUCCCUAUAGGACUCCUUCAAAUAAUCUGCCAGUAGGAUCAUUCCCACCCACAGUUUAUUAUCGUGAUACUUAUGGACUACAACAUUUGGUCGAUGGUGGUGGAAUUCAACGAAAUCACGCAGAUUCCAUCACUACAGUGGAAUCGGAUGAUACUGUAACAACGAAAUCUACAGUACGUACAAUUGCAAAUAUCCACAAUGUAAACCAGAUGAUCGAAAGUUCGACGUCCAAAGGAACCGUCAAUUCGCCGUCAUUCCAUAUUGAUCAAGUAGUAACAAAUCAAGUUAUACUGAUGCAAGCACGAACCUUGCUCACUCUAACUUUGGUCGCUUUUGGUGCAGCACUUCAAUUGAUGAUAUUUGGUAUAAUAUGUGUUUUUUAUGAUGGUUGUCCGUAUUACCUAGCCGUUAUUGCAAGUAUCUUAUUUAUGCUCAAUGCUUCCACUGUAUUAUGCUUUAUAAGGUAUAGGCCAACACGAACAUUUCUGAUGGUUUGUAUUGCGUUUACCAGUAUCAGCUUUAUUGUUGCUGUGACAAUAUUCAUUUGGACAGCGUACUUAAUCUAUGGUGAAGAUAAGCAAAUACGAGGUCAAGGAUGGUCAUUUCAUGAGGAUAAUUUCCUAGAGCUUAAUCGAAUUAUAUCCAAUACACGCGUAGCUAUGUACAGUUUGCACAUGGUACUUUCUCCCAUACAAGCACUGUGUUGUGCCGGGAUUUUGAAUAUACUUUUCAAGAAUUUACGACAUAUUCAAAUUGAUCGAAUAACACGUGGCUACUUCUUCACACAACCUCUCAUCGGACAACAGACAGUGCUCGUUCCAAUUGAAUUGAAACAAGUAGAAACAUUUGAUGAAAGUGAAAUAGAAAAUGCAUCCGUUGGUGUACAAACAAGCGGUGGUAAUCAGAGCAACAAAGAUAGUUUGUGA